AUGCUUCCACGACGGAGUUGGUUAGGAGUGUGCAUUGCUCUGUACGUGCACCUGUGGCGAUCUCACCGGAAGAUUGUGGACAAAUUUGAAGGGGCGUCUUACGAGGAGCUUGCAGCACCACUGCUGGAUGCUACCAGGUACACCUUGCAAGCAACGCCGGCUGCAGAGCGGAAAAUAAGUGCAAUGGCCACGCCACCGAGCUGGUCUGGCAAAACGGCAGUGCUCAUGCAUGAUGCACGGUUGAGGAUC